AUGUACAGCGACGGCGAAACUCACGACGCUCCUCAGAGCCAGAGGAAAAUCCCCCCUGCAUCCUCCAUGUUGUGGGUCCGCAACCUCCGCCGUUUCAUAGGAUCUGGUGCCGGUCUCGGAUCCGAAGCUCUAAUGGAGCUUGAAACAAAAAGAAUCUUGCUUGACAUUUUUAAAGAAAAGCAGAAGAAAAGCGCUGAAGCUGGUACAAUUCCCAGUUUCUACAAGAAGAAACCCGAAGAGGGAUCAAUCAGUCAUAGAGUCCAGAGAUUGGCUAAGUAUCGUUUUUUGAAGAAACAAUCAGGUCUUCUUCUGAAUGCGGAUGAUUUGGAUGCAAUGUGGGUGUGCUUAAGAGAAAAUUGUGUCAUCGAUGAUGCAACUGGUGCAGAAAAGAUGAAUUAUGAAGAUUUUUGCCACAUUGCCUCUGUAUGUACAGAACAAAUAGGUCCUAAAUGCCGUCGAUUCUUUAGUCCUUCUAACUUCAUGAAGUUUGAAAAAGAUGAGCAGGGAAGAAUUGCCAUUCUACCAUUUUACCUUUACGUGAUGCGUACGGUUUCACUUACACAGGCAAGAAUUGAUAUGAGUGAGCUUGAUGAGGAUUCUGAUGGUUUCCUUCAGCCACAUGAAAUGGAAGCCUAUAUACGAGGUCUUAUACCCAAUUUGGCACAGUUACGUGAAAUCGACCCAGGCUUUGUUCCAAUGUAUUGUCGUAUUGCUGCACACAAGUUCUUUUUCUUUUGUGAUCCUCAUCGACGAGGAAAAGCUUGCAUCAAGAAGGUGCUGCUUAGCAAUUGUCUUCAGGAAUUAAUGGAGCUUCACCAGGAAAGUGAAGAAGAAGUAACAGACACAGAACAGGCCGAAAACUGGUUCUCUUUGACUUCUACCCAACGUAUAUGUGACAUAUUUCUUGCUCUUGAUAAAGAUUCAAAUGGAUCAUUGAGCAAGCAAGAGCUGCGAGAAUAUGCAGACGGGACUCUAACUGAGAUUUUUAUCGAGAGAGUGUACGAUGAACAUAUUCGCCGUGGAAAGAGUGGUGGUGGAAAUGUCCGGGAGAUGAAUUUCGAAAGUUUCUUGGACUUUGUUCUGGCUUUAGAAAACAAAGACACUCCAGAAGGCUUGACAUACUUGUUUCGUUGCCUUGAUCUUCAAGGCAAGGGUUACCUUACUACUGCAGAUAUUCACUCUCUUUUCAGAGACGUACACCAUAAAUGGAUUGAGGGUGGCAACUAUGAACUUUGCAUCGAGGAUGUCCGAGAUGAAAUCUGGGACAUGGUUAAGCCAGGAGAUCCUCUCAAGAUAACAUUGGCUGAUCUAUUAGGCUGCAAACAGGGUGGAACUGUAGCCAGCAUGCUCAUAGACGUGCGUGGUUUCUGGGCUCAUGACAACAGAGAAAACCUUCUACAGGAAGAAGAAGAACCAGAAGAAGAAUAA